AUGGGAGAGAGAAAGCACACGCGGAUUACGCUGGUUAAGGUCCCGAGGAUUUUGGAGGAGUACUUGGAGGAGUACAGUGAGCCCGUGGAGAUAGGCUGCAUAGAGGAGAGGGGGAGCUGUAAUGUGCUGAAAAUAUCCGCACAGUUUGGGCCCCCGAGCUUCCCCAGAGAGUGGAUUCUGGAGCCCCUGGAGGAAAAGGACGGAGUCUUCACUUUUGUCCAGAAACCGCACGGAGCUUUCAUUGACGGAGUAGUCGCGGAUGAGGUCUACGUGCGCCCUAAGAUCUCCCCGGAGUACCUGAAGUACAAGAAGGACAGGGCAGCCCUUAUUAACGUGAAGAAGGACGUGAAGCCCCUCGACAGCCUGAAGGAGGGCAUCCGCAUGGAAAGGUACGGGGCCUCAGAGUACGAUAUCAUGGCAAGAAAGCGCAAGAAAAUGCUCAUGGAGAAGAAGAGAGAGCGGCUUUCAAAGACGGAAGUCAUGGACAUUAUGUUCCGGGCCUUUGAGGAGCACCGGUACUGGAGCGCGAAAGACCUUGCAGACCGCUCGGGGCAGCCCAUCGCGUACAUCCAGGAAAUACUCCCGGACAUUGCAGUUCUCAACAAAAAGACGCACAAGAACAUGUACGAGCUGAAGCCAGAGUACAAGAACAACUGA